AUGGAUGUCUUUUAUGCUUCUCUCCUCUCUCUCCUUCUUGUUCUCGUCUCAUUCUCACUUCAUUUGGUGUUCUACAAGUCUAAACCGGCUGUAGAAGGUAAACUUCCACCUGGCCAAACAGGGUGGCCUGUGAUCGGAGAAAGUAUAGAGUUUCUUGCCACCGGGUGGAAGGGCCACCCUGAAAAGUUCAUCUUCGACCGCAUGAUUAAGUUCUCACCUCAUGUCUUCAGGACCUCUCUCAUGCUAGAGGAUGCUGCGGUGUUUUGUGGGUCUGCUGGUAACAAGUUUUUGUUCUCCAAUGAGAACAAACUUGUCCAAGCAUGGUGGCCUUCAAACGUCGACAAGAUCUUCCCUACUUCCAAACUAAAAUCCAAGGUAGAAGCCAUCAAGAUGAGAAAGAUGCUUCCAAAUUUCUUCAAGCCUGAAGCCCUACACCGAUAUGUUCCAAUUAUGGACAUGGUGACACAGAAACACUUUGAAAACGGAUGGGAAGGCAAGGACCAGAUUGUGACAUAUGAGCUCACCAAGAACUUCACUUUCGGGCUUGCAUGCAAGAUCUUUGUUAGUAUUGACGAACCAGAACGAGUCAAGUAUUUAUCUAACCCAUUUGAGAGCAUUGCUCUAGGGCUUCUCUCGAUCCCCAUAGACCUCCCCGGAACACCGUUCAGGAGAGGAAUUAAUGCAGCCAAUUUCAUUAGAAAAGAACUCGUUGCAAUCAUAAAGCAAAGAAAGACAGAUCUGGCGGAAGGGAAAGCUUCAGCUACACAAGAUAUAUUGUCACACAUGCUUUACUUUAGAGAUGAAGAUGGCAAAUUCAUGGAAGAAUCUGAUAUCGCCGACAAGAUCCUCGGAUUGUUGAUUGGUGGCCAUGACACUGCAAGCUCUGCGUGUGCAUUCAUUGUGAAGUAUCUGGCUGAGUUGCCGGAGAUUUACGAGGGAGUCUAUAAAGAACAAAUGGAAAUUGCAAAAUCUAAAGCAUCAGGAGAGUUGUUGAAGUGGGAGGAUGUAUCAAAGAUGAAGUACUCUUGGAAUGUUGCAUGUGAAGUUCUUAGAUUAGCUCCACCUUUGCAAGGUGCUUUCAGAGAAGCCAUUACUGAUUUCAUGUAUAAUGGUUAUUCAAUUCCUAAGGGCUGGAAGUUUGGAGGAGGACCUCGUAUGUGCCCUGGAAAAGAGUAUGCCCGCUUAGAAAUACUUGUGUUCAUGCAUCAUCUAGUUACAAAAUUUAAAUGGGAGAAAGUAAUUCCAUAUGAGCAAAUCAUCGUCAACCCGAUGCCUAUUCCUGCCAAGGGACUUCCCAUUCGCCUCUAUCCUCGUAACAUUUAAAGUUGGUACUCUAGUUCCAAUCAGAAUUAUUUCAUUGUGUGUUUCAAUAAUAAAAAGCAGUCGAUUUCAAAAGAUGCAAAUAGUUCAAAAAUGAAAAACAAGAUCAAUCUGAAAGUGUACAAUUGUCAAUUAAUCCUUCUGCUUUUAGUUUAUUGUAUUUCUAUAUGUCAUCAAUAAUGUAUAUUGUUUUCAAU